AUGGAAGACCAUAGGCAGGCAAAUUGCAAUGUGAUUGGAGAACUAAUAAAAACAAAAUACAUGUCAAUAAAGAGAGUACACACACCAAAUGACAUAAUCGGCGACAUGCUAGAUGAUUAUGGUGUUUCAAUGGGGUAUCAAGAAGCCUGGAGAGCAAGAGAAAAAGCUUUAGAAUUGGCAAGAGGAAACCAAGAUGAUUCAUACCAAAAACUUCCCAUCUACCUUCACAUGCUAAAAGUCUCGAACCCAAGUACAAUAACGCACCUGAUUACAAACAAUAAAGACCACUUCAAAUAUAUGUACCUAGCAUUUGCACAUUCCAUCAAAGGAUGGAAACACUGUAGGCUAGUCAUUGUGAUAGAUGGAACUUACUUAAAGACAUCAUUUGGGGGAACUUUAUUCACUGCUUCAACAAUGGAUGCUAACAACAACAUAUUUCCAUUAGCCUUUGGAAUAGGAGACUCUGAAAAUGAUUCAUCAUGGUUAUGGUUUUUCACAAAGCUAAAGGAGACAUAUGGAGAAAGAGAAGACAGGCACAAAAGCAUAGAAAAUGUUGUAGACAAUGUAUACCCAAAAGCUUUCCAUGGAGCAUGCAUAUUCCACCUGCUAAACAACUUCAAAGUCAAUUUUGGUGUCCAUGGGGAGGACCUAAACAUAAACUUUGUCAAAGCAGCAAAGGCAUACAGGUCUAGAUGCCAUGCUCCAACAAGAAGAUAUACAAUGAUGACAUCAAAUAUAGCCGAAUCGAUAAAUGCUGCAUUGAAAGCUGCAAGAAUGCUGCCAAUCACUACAAUGAUGGAAGGUCUUCGAAGUUUAGUUCAAAAAUGGGUAUGGAAAAAUGGUAAUGAAGCAAACGGAACAUUCACACAAGUAACAACAGAUACUGAAAUUGUGCUUAGAGAAAACUCUAUUCGAGCCAUUAAAUUUCAGGUCUUCCCAGUAAACACUAUAUUGUACCAAGUUGUGGUUGAAGACAAAGGAAAUUUUCUAGUCAACCUAAUGGAGAAAACACGUGAAUGCAAAAGGUUCCAACAAGAUGAAAUACCGUGUGCACAUGCAAUAGCAGUAUUUGCCGAAGCACGGCUGAAAACAUAUGAUUAUGUUGCUGAUUACUACAAAACUACAACUAUGAAAGCAACAUAUGAGUCAACUGUUCAUCCAUUGCCAAAUGAGAGCGACUGGAGACUUUAA